UUGUGGGUUUCUAACCCUUCAAACCCUGUGCAAACCCUCACCCCUACCCUCAAAAUACCCUUACCCAUGGAAAGGGUACGGGUUUGCGGAUUCUGAAGAUCUAAGUAUGGAGAGGAUACAGAAAAGAGAGUGUAAUGAUGAUGGUAAGGAAGAGGUUCAUGUAUGUUUUACACAUAUCUUGAUGGCAAUGUGUAUACUAUCAUUACCCUGGAGCAUGUUUGUGUGUUUAUAUGUCAAAGUCCAAAUGGGGAUUCCUUGGCAGAGUGUGGAAUGGUCCAUAUCUUCUACCUCUCCUCUGCAUCAUUUUCUGUAG